AUGAUCUCUUAUGUUGAUGACCAAAGGCACAGCACCUUCCAUCCGCUGCACACCCUGGGCCCUCGCUGCCGGAAGUGUGCCACGCUGCGUUCAGACCAGGCAAGUCUGGACUGGCAGCCUUUGCCCUGUUUGGUGGCGCGGCGGCGUGGCCGGUCAUGGGGUGACUGGCGGCUUUGGACGGCAGAGUGUAUGGGUAGCCUGCUUAUGGGUGACAACUCUGAGGUUUUGCACUUUGCCUCACUCUACCUCACGCUGCGCAGGUGGAGGUACACGGCGCAGCGAGGUUCCUGGGCCAUAUACCACGACGACCACCACUUGCCGACCCCUGUGGACGACUCAUCCCGGCCAGAACACGACUCCGAUGUCAAGUUACCCGGACGACACUACCCUAAGCUCCCUUACACCCUAAUAGACCCUUACGACAACCUCCCUUACCCGCACCCUGGACGCAGUCACCCCAACCCACAACCCCAACCUAGAUCAGACCCUUACCACUACGACUACAACUACGACGAAUACUGGGAGGAGGAGGAGGGGGAGGAGGAGGGCAAGAAGCAUCUGAAGUCCCCGCAGAGUGAUACAUCGGGGGCAUCCUCAUCCUCUUCCUCCUCCUCCUCCUCCACCUCCACGCCUGAACCAAGAGAUCCUAGUCCGAGGUUUGACAGGGACCAGCCUCGCAGCGUGAAGGUCCAGGCCGGGAAAACUGCAGUGCUGGUGUGUCGUGUGCUCAACCUCGGAGACAAAUCGGUAUCGUGGAUCAGACACGAGGACCUGCACAUCCUGACGGUGGACAAGUACAAGUACAGCACGGACCGGCGGCUGAGUGUGGUGCAUGACGAGGUGGAGCAUGAGUGGCUGCUGAAGAUACAGAGCGUAAAGCAAGAAGACUCGGGGAUGUACGAGUGUCAGGUGUCCACUAAACCACUCCUGAGCUUCAUCGUCAGCCUCCAGGUCGUAGACGCGCCUCCCUCCACCACGCCCUACCCCAGCCUGCGCGAUGCCGAGAAGGCCACGGCGCCCACCCAGCAGUCCGAAAAGCAAGUCCCGAGCGCCACCAUCCUGAGCGGGCCGGAGAUCCACGUGCACCGCGGCUCGCUCAUCAACCUGACCUGCGUGGUGGAGCACACACCUGAGCGGCCCCUCUACGUGGUGUGGUACCAUUACAACAAGGUGAUCGACUACGAGGACCUUGGCGGAGUGGUGGUGGUGACGCACACGGGACAGAAGACGGUGAGCCAGCUGUUGGUGAAGAGAGCCGAGCCUUCUGACUCCGGGAAGUACACGUGUCAGCCCUCCAAUGGUGAGGCGGCCUUCGUCAUGCUACACGUCUUGUACGGCGAGCACCCGGGGGCCCUGCAGACCAAUGGAGGCAGACGCAGCGGCGUGAGCUGGACGGAGGGUGUGGUGGCGCCCCUGCUCACCCUCCUGCUGCUGCUGCUACACGCACCCUGCUGAGUUUCACAAUAAUCGUCGUCGGGGGGAAUGGCUACAUAUUGUGCGUGGCGAGGGAAGGGCGAGGCGCUGCCCUUCAGGACCGAGGGCGGCGGCGUGCCCCUCCACCUCCCGCCGCCACGAGUGCGUCACGUGACUUACCUCAUCGUGGGACACCGGCAGUGGAGGCUGACCCGAACACUGAUUUUUUUAAGUGUCGAACUCCAAUAAGCCAGACAGUUGGUGGGGCGGUAUGCUGUGAGGUGGGGCGGGAAAAGUGGAUAAGGCGGCGAGAGUGCCGCCACGGGUCUCCUGCGUAUUACAGGUGCAUUUAUUAAUGAUUUAUGUACAUGAUAACUUAUUAUCAAUUGUUACGUGUGAUGAGGUGAGCGAGUCGGGAGUGCUGCCGGGCGCUAGGCCUCAGGAAGGGAUGGGCAGAGCGCCGCAGGGCGUGGUGGAGCAAAUCACUCGGUUCUACAAGCGGAAUGGUGGUGCUGGGCUGGUGGGUGUGCCGGGCUCUGCCUCGGCAGGGCUAGGACGCAGUGACGAGUUCAUAAGUUACGAGAUUGUCACAGGAACAGAGCGGAGUGGACCAGCUGGAUUCAGGUCGGGUGGAAGCCGAUGUGGUUGUGGGUGGUGGGCACUGGAGGGGGUGACCACGGUGUGAGGGUUUUAAACCAUUAUCGUAAAGGAAUCUGUCAUUUUCAGCAAUGUUGACGUUCACUAAAGGUAACGUGAGAAUAGAGAGCAUCUGGCACAAGGAUGGUUGGCCCACGUGGGUUAGGAACUGACUCCAACCACAGACAGUCACGAGGAGCUAGUCUAGGUGUGGCCGCACACCACCACCCGUAUGUUGGCCGGUGUGUCAUGCAAUGCUGUCAUUACGCUGCUCGGUUCUGCCGUGACAGCCAUCUUUCCAGACACAUCACUACUCUGUCACCAUUCCCUUUAGGUCAGACAUUUCAUGGAUUCACGUCCACAUGAAUCAGAUGUAAAACUAAGUUGUUGUUUUGUUUUGUCUUUUUCUUUCUAUAAGGGAAGACAAUUGUCUUUUUCUUUCUAUAAGGGAAGACAAAAUAUGUGACAACUGGAUUGACCAAUGCAGCUGAAAUAAGCAGUAUUGUGGCUGUCUAACACUCAUUGAAGUGACCAAGGAGAGAAGAGGUUUUGUACAGUUCAGUGACUGGCGUGGCCAAGGCUGUCCACUUCUGCGGGAAUUACAUACAUGACACGGACAACGUAAAAGAACGCAGCGUGGUAGCAGUGAUGAUGGAUGGGUGGGUAGUGGGAGGGACGGGAGGAUGCUGCAGUGUAGUCACGCUCAUUUUACAAACGAUGAUCGUUGUUUAUUCAUUAGUUUAUUUGUCGAGAGUCACGAUCUGCGCUGUAAUGAUGACUGAUGCCGCGUGUACAGUGUUCAAGUAAACUUCAUUGGAUUUAACACGGAGAGACGAUGAACGAUCUCGACUUCUAUUGGGAUUUUCAAAGAUGUUUUCAUGAUCACUGAUAGAAGAAAACAAAGAUGAAAACACAAGAACUAAAACUAUAAUCGUUUGUAAACUUGAUCUCAUGACAGACAGAAAGGAAACGAGAGUGAGGGCAGUCGUCGCUGUCCCUCACUGCCUCCCGGGGCCAGGUUGCGUGGAGCGUGUUAGUUCCAGGACGCCUGUGUUUGGUAUACAAGACAUGUGAUACGGGGUUAUUUAUAUGAAAGCCAACAGUAAUUGCAGAACCUAGAAGCGUUUGCAAAAUAAUGGUAAAACGAAGAUUAAAGAAAGUUGAGUAUGUAUAGUACAGUUAAAUUCCAUAUUACGCGCAAUGUUAAAUAAUCUAAGUAACGGUCUCGCUUAUUUUGGUGUUUUAUCCAUAACCGGUCAGGCUUUCAUUGUGCGGAUGGCUACGUACAAGGAGACCGCCACGAACACGUUAACCUUCUCUGCAGCGCCCCACGGAGGCUUCCUCCUUACCUGUGCCGCGUCACCAGCUGCCCCGCCUCAAUCUCGCUGUCUGGACUGCUUAUCGGGGAGUUUGAUUUCUUUCUUUCUUGUAUGCAGGUACGUAUACAUUUUCGUCCAUCUGCCAAUUUCAACAAAGUCUCAUGUGGCCACCGCGAAAUGAGGAUGUAUAAAGCCCUGAGUGUUGCAGAAUACUCAAGUGCUGGUCUUUUCUUACAAGACAUGACCUCUUUAACCAAUUAUAAGUUUCAUAACCAAGUAAGUCUAAAGGCAGCCAGAAAUACUGUCACCUGCAAGUUCACGUUAAUCUAUUGUGGUAUAUGACAACUCAUUAAAAUUAGGUCAGGAUAGACUAGUUCGUAGUUCAAAUACUGCUAGGAAAGUUAAGUCAUGAGAGAAUUCUAUAAGCCGUAUGUCAGUGUUUUGUUAUUAAUCAAGUCAAUACAAAUAAAAAGAAGCACAAUGAGUUACCACACUGGAGGCCUCGCAUACCUGCCGUGCGGGGUGGCCACGCGAGGCGGUCUGUUCAGGCUGGGAAGGGACGAAAACAAUUAACAAGUCAAAGCUCCUCGGAAAGCAGACCUGACACCGGGUACCAAGGCAGCUGGUGACACUAUAGCGGCCUUCUGUACCUGUUAAUUACUAAUAAGAGUGAUAAAUACCCGAGAAAGGAGAGUACCACGUUUUGCUGUAUUGAGACAGACGUUGCACCAUCACAGACACCACUCACUAUUAACACUGACUACUAUGUAAAAAAGCCUUCAGAAGCAAUGUUACAUGAUCAUUCAGGAAUUACUCUUAACAAACCAUUGACAUGAGAUCAGUGACAGCGUGUUUCAGCCACUCAACUAUUUUCGUCAGUACGGCUAAGUGACAAAAUAAAGCUACUUUCAUCUUGUGAA